AUGGCUCUGCAUGUUCUUCUGCUCGCGGCCCUCCUGGUGCCCGCCGCCGAAGCUGCUACAUGUGGUAUCACACCUACAUACAACAGCAUCAUUACGUGUCCCGAUGCGCCCUUUGCCGGCCGCAAGAUUCGUUACGGUGAUCAAAUGAUGCUUGCUCAAGGUGGCUUCACGGCUGAGCUUGCCUGCCUAUUCAACGGCACAUUCACCGGCGGUGACUACUGCACAUUUGACUCUGGAGGCAGUGCAAAUGACCUCUUUGGUACUGCUUGUAAAUGCGAAUGCCCAAUCACGCGUGACGGAGCUCGCUGCGAAGAGCUCGGUGCCAUUUGUGAGGGCGAGUACGAGUGCCUCAACGGCGGAACGUGCUCCAAGUACCGCAAGUGCUCCUGCAACUAUGAUUGGACCGGCGAUCAAUGCCAGACUCCAGUCUGCACGCCCGCUUGCUCCGAAGUCGGCGGCUCUUGUGAUGCUUCAAACACUUGCGUGUGCAAGGAACUUCACAUCGGUACGACUUGUUCCGACUGUGUUGAUGGAUAUUUUCCAAGCGACGCCAAUGGCAGCUGCAUUCCCAAGACCUCGCCAGGCUACUGCGAUACCUUGGAUGUCAAUGCCACCUACAACAGCGUAUCCACCUCGUGCGAGUGCACUCGUUUUGAUUAUUAUGGCGAACGUUGUCAAGUCGUUUGUCCCCUCUGCUCCACCGGUUAUCGCCAGGUGGGCGGCUGCCUGCAAAACUCUGGCGUGGUGUGCAGCGCCUGCAGCAAGUGUGGGGCCGAUACGUUUGCCGCUGGCGGCUGCGACGGUACCACGGCCGAUACCAUCUGCCAGCCUUGCUCCAGCUGCCCGGUGGGCACGUUCUUCGAGUACGGCUGCUCCGGGGCGCUAGACCGCGUGUGCAGCGAGUGCAAUGCAUGCCCGGAGGGAUACUACGCGUCGGGCGGAUGUGACGGGCUGGAGGACAACAUUUGCUCGCCGUGCUCGGCAUCGUGCCCAAACGGCAUGACGCCGUUUGAAGAGUGCACGGGUGAUCACGACCUGGUGUGCGAGGAUUGCCCGGCGUGCCCACGGGGCACGGUUGUGGUUCGCUCGUGCAACGAGACGCACCCACAGAUCUGCAAGGGCACCAUCACACUGCCCGAUCUGCCGGCACUGGGCCGCGGCGAGGAGUCAGAGAUGCUGGCGUUCCGCUUCUCGAGCGUGGUGACGGAGGCGUUUGAGGUUGUGAUUGCGGGUCGCGGCCUGGAGAUUAUUUUCAACGGGACGACCAAUUUUGAUGCCAACGAUGCGUUGGCGGCGGCCGCGUUCAACGAGACGUACCACUCGCGCACGCUGCCCGUAGAGAACGGGACGCAGCGGGUGUACUUUAAGGUGAAGUACCACACCCCAGCGUCGCAGAUUUCGAUUCGGAUGUACGCCCAGGGGAGUGGGUUGCGCAACUACUUUGAAGUGGACCAGAACCGAACGGCGUAUGUGCUGGCGCAGCGGGCCGGACCGAGCGUGUUUGACCAGUGGGGAACGACGUCGCCCAACAUGCCACGCGGCAACAACGCGGCGUCGCUGCCGCUGCUGCCGACCAAUUUUGUGUUGUGGGGCUCGGACCACUGGACCGAGGCCGAGGACCAGUCGUACGCGUUUUCGUGCGCCAUGGUGACGAUGGCCAUGGUCUCGCCGGCGAUGGACAUUCCCCUGUCGAUCACGGGCGUGACGGUGACGGUCAAGCCGACGCUGUCGUUUUCGGCGGCGCCGGACGACCAGUGUCACGGUCGGCGUCUGUCGGACCUGGACAUGCAAGACCUGGUGCUUGUGGCGUCGCUGCCGCGGACCUUUCUGGACCUGAUCAUGACCAGGCUGCCGCCCUGGUUGGAGAUUGAGGCGCAGGAGGGGAAGCUGAGCCAGGGCAUUGGUGCCAGCGACGAGCGGCUGUCGGUGAUGACGGGGGCCCAGCUGGUGCAACAGGCGGCGGCGAGCGAGUUCAACGUCCAGGCGGAAGACUACUACAUUGUGCUGGACUGGCUCAAGCCCAGUGUGAUGACGGUGGAAGGGGAGGCCUUUAACGUGGAUGACAUGGAUACGGCGUUUUUGUUCUGCCUGGCGCUGACGGGCGUGGGUGCGGGUGAUCAGGUCUUCUUCAACAUUCCAUCGUCGGUGUGGGAGCUGACGGAGACGCUGACGUUCCGCGACCUCUUGUCGGGCAGCGGGUACGAGGUGGAGCGCACGGACGUGGCAUUUUCUCAGGCCUCGGGUCUGACGGCACCAGUGUGCAGUGGCUGCGUGCGGGAGGAGGUGGGUGGUACCAAGUUCUGGAACGGCGAUGACACGUUUGUGUAUCCGGUGCCGACGUUUGACUUUUACUGGAGCACGGUCCUGACCAAGACGUUGUUUGACGUGGGGGAUCCCAAGACGGCGUCGAUGAGCGUGGACCUGACGAUUGAGGCGCAGACGGGGAUCAAGGCAGCCAACACGUACCUGUCGCUGGACAACAUGUUCAAUGCGCGGUGGGAGGCCUAUGCCGAGGGCACGGUAUCGAUUGACCUCGAGUUUAGCAUCUUCAAGAAAACGGGCCGGUGGACGAUUGAGACGCGGGCCAUGGUGUAUGCCAGCCUGGACGGGUCGGGGGUUGAUGCCUCGCGGAUCGAGUGCGGGUCUGAGUCGUCGCCCAAGGGCAUUUUCGUGACGGCGGACCUGGCGCUGGGAGCCUCGGGCCUGGCGGAGAAGAUUUCGUCGAGCGCUGUGGGCCAAUUUCUGAUGCUGACGCCGGGACGCACGGCACCUUUUUACUUUUACAUUCCGUACAAGAGCGAGAUUAUCAACGGCGAGCUGAUUGAGACGGCUGCCGGGUUUGGGUUUUUGUUGGAGGACGUCGCUCGGGUGUGCAUUAUGCCCGGGCUGUGUGGCGAUGUGAGCUUGGACUUUAUCUACGCAGACAAGGACGUGAUUGGGAACUGCGAUCCGCUGAAGGCGGCGUAUGAGCGGCUGCCAGAGGGUAAGGCGGUGGUGAUGCGUGGCAACUUUGAUCGCGGGACGGAUUUCAAUCCGAAGCUGUUUUAUGUGCCACAGGAGGCAUCUGUGCGUGUGGCGUUGGCCACGUCCGAGUUUGCGUUUGUGUCUCAGAUCACGGCCAUCUGGCGCUUCCUGGGCCUCAACAUCGAGGCCACCCUGGCUGCUGGUUAUUCCCAAGGGGUUGCCUUUUUGAUGGGUAACGCUGUCGGAAAAUUGUUCGACUACCUUGAAGCCGAAGUCAAUAUCCAGCUUCUGAUUCCCGGAUUCACGAGUUCGACGCUGAUUGACCUGAGCUCAAUGUCGAUGUCUGUCGAUGCGGUGCUGCGUGCAGACCUAACCCGGCUCAUUGUUGACGCCGUCACCAAACUUUUGAACCGCUUGAAUGAGCUCAUCAUGGGUCGCAUUCGCGCAGCUCUGAAGGUUGUUGAAGACAUCAUUGCUAAACUUCAGGCCCUUCUCGAUGCGAUUGGAGGACUCCAGGGCAUUGUUGAUGCUGCACGUGCUGUGUGGGACGCGGCCAUCUCGACUGUUGAGUCGUGGCAACGACAAGUCGAAAACGCCAAGAAGCCAAUCAAUGAUGCUCGUGACGAGAUCAGGGCGCUCGAGGCCAAGAUUAACAGCAUUUGCUCAAUUCGCAGCUGCGGCUCCAUCUGCAUUCCUGGAUGCCGCUGGGAGUCGCGCCGCCGUCGCGAUUUCUUGGCCGGCCCCGUGCAUGGCAAUGAUGGAUUCCUGCCUUCGUCCGAGCAAAUGGAACUCGUGCAUGCUGAGCGUCAGAUGCGCGGCAACGUGUCGUAUGCACGCAUCUAUCACGCCAAUGGCACUACCACGGAUCGCCGCGAUGUGGAGGAGUUUGCGCAUCACCCGGUAUACCCAUCGCGUGCACGUCGUAUGCUUCAGGAGCAUCGCCGUGGCACUGCCGUGAACGAUCGUGUGCGUCGCUGGUCGUGCUGCAAGGUGCCCAAGUUUGUGUGCCGAUGGUGCAUGUGGCGCAUCCCCGAUCCCAUUUGCGUAGCUGCCAAUGCACUUUGUGUCUUGAUCCGAGCUCCUUUGUACUUUCUGCUUCGUGUGAUUGACGCAUUUUUGAUUGGUUUGCUCGCUGUCCUUGAGGUCGUUGAAAAAGCACUCGAACUUGCCAAAAUUAUUUUGGAAAAGUCACAGUUCCUCCUGGAUGCCGCAGAGGCGAUUCUGGAGAAGGCCCUGGCCGUCUUUGAUGUCCUCCAGGUGGCCGUUGACAUCGCUCGUGCCGCGGCUCAGCUUAUCGAGGACGCAGUCUCCGCCGCAUUGAACUUCCUCACACAAGCACUCGGAAACCUUGAUAACAUUUUGAGCAUCCCUGAAGCCAGCUUUGGCUUAACAAUCAAGGGCUUUGUUCCACGCCAAAUUCGCAUGUCGCUGCAAAUUCGAUCCUUCGUGGGUAACAUGGGCUUUUCCAUCAAGUUUGACUUUGCCGAUGUCUUGUCCAGCAUUGCCGAGAUUGCCACGCGUGUGUUCGACUCGUUGUUUGGAUCGUUCUUCCGCCGGCGCCGCCGCGCGCUGUCGGACGUCCACGUGCCGUUUGUGGCAUCGGCAGCGUCACAGCUCAACAUCCCGCUGGACUCGAUCUUCUACCACGAGAAGAGCCGGGGUGCCCCGCACAUGUACAGCAUGCACUUGGAGGACGUGCACGCCAUCUUGCGCUCACGGCGCGACAUUGACAACUCGACCAACUUCACGCUGGACGCGGUGGAGCGAACGCGAAACGACACGAUGCUGCUGUACAACGAGUCGUGCGAGAUCUUUGAGCUGUCGGCGGCGUUUUUGCUGUUCUUUGCCGAUCAGGUGGAGCAGCGGUACCUGGAGUUGCAGGACUUCAAGGAGGGGGCGAUCGAGUCUGAGGCGGAGCUGAACCGGCUGAACGAAGAUCCGACGGUUAUUAUCCCGGACAUUUCGGCGGACGGGUUUGAUGACGACCCGGCCGUGCAGAGCCUGGUGGUGGGAUACAUUGACGAGACCAACCUGACGGCGAUGGCGGACAACAUCACGGCGACGGAAGAGGUGACGGAGGCGAUGUCGGCUGCGAAUGCGAGCCGAAACAACACGGCGGAGCUGCAGGCAUCGCUGGAGGACGACGACUACCGAGACCUGAUUGCGUCGCUGCAGCUUGAGCUGAACAGCACGGCCGAGCUGGUGGAGCUGGGGUGCGAGGAUGUCGGGGACUGCAUUGUGUUUGCGGUGGGCCAGAUGGCCGAUUUAUGGGCGCAGGUGGAGCUGGAGGCGUUUGCCGGACUGGACAACGCAAGCGACAUAAUGCAAGCGUAUGCAAACAAUCUCACGAACGUGAAUCUAACGAUAGACGAGGCACACGAGUUUGUCCAGGAGAUUCUGACGUGGGUGAAUGAGACAAUGCACGGAGAGGUGUGGUGUGGCGAGGUGCCGACGAUUGUGUCGCAACCGGAGCCGACGCUGCAGGUGUACAGUUUGGUGACGGUCAAUUUUACGUGCGAGGUCACGGGUAUUCCGGAGCCGACGGUGUACUGGUACCGGUAUCCAGAGGACGUGGAGUACAUUGCCACGGGCCCGACACUGUACCUGGAAGACGUGACGGCAUCUGAUUCGGGCAGCUACUACUGCACGGCGGUGAACCACAUGUGGACGGAGACGUCGGACCAGGUCAACUUGACGGUGAUCGGCGGGCAGUCGACGGAGAUUGUGGUGUACUACCAGUUUGCGGAGAGCGACAUUGCGGCGGCCGUGGGAUCGGACACGAGCUCGUUUGCAGAGGCGGUGCGGCUGCGGGCGGUGUCGUCGCUGGGGCUGUACUCGGACCAGGUUUCGGACUUUAACCUGAACCGCACGACGGGAUUUGUGUCGCACGGGAUUGUGGCGGGGUCUCAGAACCUGACGCAGGCGGAGGCGCAGUCGCUGGCCAUUGACCUGCGGGAUCUGAUUCGGUACAGUCGGUUCUUGGUGACGUUUAAUGAGACGUCGUACAAGCCGCUGACCAACUCGUUCCGGUAUGACUAUUGUCGAACGCCGUGCCUGGCGAUCCAGGAGAACAGCAUUUACGGAGAGCCGUGCAUGGUGGCGCCGGCGUCGGGCUGUCCUGCAGCGUACUCGACGCAACAGGGGGCGUCGGACGUGUGCCGAGCCAGCCACGAGCACUCUGGAUUUGACCGCCAGGUGUACUGCCGGCGACUGAACGACCCACCGUUUGGCAUUUCGUUUUCGGGCAACCUGACGGUGGACGAGAACACGCCGGCCAACACGGUGCUGGGCUACUACUCGGCCAAGGACACGGAUCCAGCGCAGACGCUGACGUAUUCGCUGACGUCGGGCGCGACGGCACUGCAGGUGGACAGCACGUCGGGGCGGCUGGUGAUGCGGGUGUCGCCCAACUAUGAGCUGCAGCGGACGCUGACGGGCACGCUGCGGGUGACGGACAGCGGAGGCUACUAUACAGACAAGGCGAUUACGGUGACGGUGCGGGACGUGAACGAGGUCGCGACGGACAUUGUGACGCUGUCAGCGCUGACGGUGCGGGAGAAUUCUGCGGCGGGAACGCUGGUGGGGAUCUUCUCGUCGCUGUCGGAGGAGAAGGCGCAGACGUACACGUACGCGGUGAGUGGGGUGGGGGCGACGUACUUCCACUUUACCGGCAACCAACUGAAGACGACGUCGACGCCGAUCGACUACGAGGCGCUCAACGGAAGCAUCACGGUGAACGUGACGAGCACGGACAGUGGCACGCCGCCGAUGUCGCUGACCAAGGCGUUUGCUGUGAACAUUGAAGACCGCAACGACCCACCGGUUCUGGAGGACAUUGAGUGCGUGCCGGCAUACUGCAACGGCAUUCCACCCGAGGCCGGGGUGGGCACGGUCGUGGCGCAGAUUGUGGCGACGGACCAGGAUGCGGGAGACGUGUUGACGUAUCUGCUGGAGGAGGAUGAGUCGGAAGGAGUGCUUGGGGUCAAUGCGAGCACGGGUGAGAUUUACGUGAAGCGUGUGGUGACGGCACAGACGCGAUACGUGCUGGAGAUUACGGUGGGUGUGCAGGACGACGGCAGCCCGCUGGGGGUGUCGGAGGAGUUUGUGUUUGAGGUUGUAAACCUGUCACCGACAACGACAACGACGACCACGACGACGACGAGCACGACAUCGACGAGCACGACCAGCACGACAACGACCAGCACGACGACGACCAGCACGUCGUCGACCAGCACAACGACGACGAGCACGACGAGCACGAGCACAACGAGCACGAGCACGACGAGCACGACGACGACGAGCACGACGACGUUCUUCUCGACAACGACGACGACGACGACGACGGCCAAUGUGGCGCCGACGAACCUGCGCCCGACGUCGCUGACGGUGAACGAGGAUGCCACGGUGGGCCGCGUGCUGGUGUCGUUUUCAGUGACGGAUGGCAACCCAGAGCAGUCGCACACGUACCGGAUUGUGAGCGGAGGCCAGGGGUACUUUGCGAUGCAGGGGUCGUCGUUGGUGCUGCAGCGAGCACUGGACUAUGAGAGCGGGACGCCGUCGUUCUCGCUGCUGAUGGAGGUUGUGGACAACGGGAAGAACCCCACACCGCUGCGGCAGCGGGUGACGGUGAUUGUGCGCAACGUGAACGAGGCGCCGACGUUGCGGCUGCAGCGGUUCUCGGGUCUGUUUGCGGACAGCAACUCGCUGUACAGCCUGGCCGAGGUGGACCAGCAGCUGGGAACAAUUGUGGUGACGGAUCCGGAUGCGGGAGACAGCCACCGGGCGAGUGUGUCGGGCACGGACGGGGCGUUUAUCCGAUUGCGGGAGCUGGACGUUUUUCUGGCCGGAGACAUUUCGGGCAAGACGCAGCUGUCGUUUUCGCUGACGGUGACGGAUGCCGGCGGUCUGUCUGCGACGAACGCUUAUGAGUGGAGCAUCGUGGCGGCCCCGUCAAAUACCGAUGCGGGAGGUGCGGGCUCUGGCGCGAGCAAUUCGACGGCUUCGCGGGGCUCGUCUGGUGUGGACACGACGUUGAUUGUGGUGGCGGUUGUGGUGUUUGCGCUGAUUGUACUGGGUACGGUGGCGUAUGUGUUUGUGAUGCGACGCCGCCGCCAGACGGCGCGCAUGGACUUUUUGGAGAAGCUGAAGCAGGAGCACCUGGAGAAGCGGAAGCAAUCCUCGCAGACACCGCGGUGGUUUGCGGAGGAGAUGGAGGAUUCCCAGUCGCUGCAUCGCCGCGACUCGAACCGAGUGGCCGACGAUGAGUACCUGGCGAUGCUGGGUCGGAGCUUGACAAUGGACGUGGCGGAGACGAAUGCGGACGCCGCGGGCGGCGGGAAGGACGAGCUCUUUGACCUGGACAUGGGAGAUGACGACGAGGCGACUGAGGUGCCGCUUUCGACACCGCUGCAUCUGGACGAACCCUCGACCAGCUUUGUACAGAACCGCCUCUUUGAGAUUGAGGGCCAGCGUCGUCCGUCACGUGGCGCCAUGCCAUAA